AUCGCGUCUUCGUCUUCAUCUUCGUUUUUGAACUCAAGUUCGAUUGGAGUUCGUCCCUCUCCAUCUCCUCCCCCCCUCCCCCUCCUUGCACGCGCGCUCGCCAUGAAGAGCCGAGGCGGCAACAGAAUCUCCACCAAGUGGAUCCCGAUCUUCUGCGCCUCCUUCUUCCUCCUCGGCAUCCUCCUCUCCAACAGGAUGUGGUCUCCGCCUGAAUCGAGUGGCCAGCUCGUGUCGCGGGCUCGGCGGGAGCAGGAGCUGAGGAUGGUUUCGGAGGACUGCGACUCGAAGAAGAAGCCUGCGGAUGAUAAGGAUGUGAUGCAGCAAGUGCACAAAACUCAUGAAGCUAUCCAGCUGGAUAGAUCUCUGGACAAGUCAAUCGAGUCGCUUCAGAUGGAACUAGCUGCCUCUAGGAGUGCAAUGGAAUUGGGGAGUGGAUCGGGUGAUCAGAAGGCAAGGAAGAAAAUGUUCAUGGUCAUUGGAAUUAAUACAGCAUUCAGUAGUAGGAAGCGGCGGGAUUCUGUCAGGGGGACGUGGAUGCCUCAAGGAGAGAAGCUUCUUCAGUUGGAGCGCGAGAAAGGGAUUGUUGUACGGUUCAUGAUUGGACAUAGUGCAACGUCAAAUAGCAUUUUAGAUCGAGCAAUUGACUCGGAAGAUGCUCAGCACAAAGACUUCCUAAGGCUGGAACAUGUGGAAGGUUAUCAUGAAUUAUCUGCAAAAACAAAAAUCUUCUUUUCCACUGCUGUUGCUAUGUGGGAUGCUGAUUAUUAUAUCAAGGUGGAUGAUGAUGUCCACGUUAAUUUGGGUAUGCUGGCGACAACCCUUGCCCGGCAUCGUUCGAAGCCGAGGGUUUAUAUCGGCUGCAUGAAGUCUGGACCUGUGCUUUCUCAAAAGAAUGUCAAGUAUCAUGAACCAGAGUACUGGAAAUUUGGAGAGGAGGGUAAUAAGUAUUUCCGCCAUGCAACGGGACAGAUCUAUGCCCUCUCAAAGGAUCUGGCUACCUACAUCUCAAUCAACCAGCCCAUAUUACACAAGUAUGCCAAUGAAGAUGUGUCGCUUGGAUCAUGGUUUAUUGGUCUUGAGGUUGAGCACAUUGAUGACCGCAACAUGUGUUGUGGCACUCCGCCAGAUUGUGAAUGGAAGGCACAGGCUGGCAAUGUGUGCAUUGCUUCAUUCGACUGGAGUUGUAGUGGUAUAUGCAAAUCGGUGGAGAAGAUUAAAGAUGUCCACAGAAGGUGCGGCGAAGGGGAUGGAGCUGUCUGGGAUGCUUUAAUUUGAUGUAGAGUUACAGCGGGGGAUAGUAUGUUGGGUAAAAGAGAAGCGCAUAAUCAUUUAAAACACGGUGCGAAUUGAAGUAACACGGCACUUUUGCAAGUUAAUCGAGCGUGCAACUUACAGAGGAGAUUUACUGGCCGGGGUUGCAACAUGUUUUAUGCGCAUGUGUGGUUCGAAGGAGGUGGUUGCAGCCGCUAUCAAGUUAACAAACGCCGACGCAGUGCUUGUUUGCUGCAUGUCCAUGGUCUAGGAAAAUUUGGCUGUGGACACUUUGCAAUCCCACUUGGAUUUUUGGGUGAUAUGUGGUUAUUUACGUGAAAUUAUUUCUUUCUUUUUUUUCACACUUUAGUGAGGUGUAACUUAGGCUCUAGGAUUUUACACACCUGGGUCCCGUGUUUUUGACCCCUUGGUAGAAUUUCGGGAACUGAUUUUGUUUUGUUCGAAAGGAGGUCAAGUAAAAUUACUGUGCAUCAUUAUGUCAGUUUUUUAUUUUUAUUUUUCCAGCUGAAUUGGGUAUGUCAAGAUUUUCCUUGCA